UAAUAACCGGCCUUCGUUGUCGCGAGCACGGGGUUAAAAGCGCGGAGAUUGUGUAUAGCCCGUCACGACCUUGGCGUUAUUUAAGAGCGGGAUCGAAGUGUAACCACCAACUCCCCACUUACAGCAAACUAAUCUCACAGAAAGCUCAUAUCCAACAAGAAGCAUUCAAUCGUUGAGCAGGCAUGGCAUCUUACUUGGUCACCGGCUCAUCAAGAGGCCUCGGACUGGCACUCGUCUCCCGGCUAGUCUCCCUGCCUGCCGCGCAAGUAGGCAAAAUUAUCGCGAUCGCGCGCCAGGACAAUUCGCCCCAACUCACGGAGAUUGUGAAAGCCUCAUCUGGCCGAGUUGAACUGGUCAAGCUGGAUGUCACCAACAAGUCCAGUAUCCAAGAAGCGGCCAAGUUGGCAGAGAGCAAGUUGCAGGGAAAAGGGCUUGACUAUCUCAUCAAUAAUGCCGGUCUAACGGAUUAUGCUCCGGCUGGACUGGAGGGGAUGGAUAACUUGAAUGAUAUCUUCCAUACGAAUGUCACAUCCGUCCAUAAUGUCACGCAAGGCUUCCUACCUCUGCUCCGCAAGGGAGAGAAGAAAGUUGUUAUCAACAUAUCAACCACUAUGGGCUCACUUGCAAAAGCCGAGGCCUACAGACAAGCUCCCACACCUGCGUACAAGAUCUCCAAGGCCGCACUGAACAUGUUGACAGUUCAAUAUGCCCAGCAAUACGAGACUGAUGGAUUUACGUUUGUGGCUGUGACCCCCGGAUGGCUGCGUACCGACCUCGGCAGCUCUCGAGCCGAUCUGCCCGUGGAGACAGGGGCAGAGAAGGUUGUGGAUAUCGUGCAACAAACUGGGCCACAUCAGAAUGGGAAGUUCCUCAAUAUCCAUGUGCCAGGCUGGGAGAAUGCGCCGGGGCCCAACCAGUAUGAUGGGAAGGAGAUAGCCUGGUAG